CAAGCAUAAUUCUUCAAGCUUUUCUAAAAUGGCAUUGGAUAAUAUAUUCUUUGUAAAAAACCCAUGCGUUGUACAGCGUGUGGGAUGCUUUAAAGAUCGUAAAAAUGAGGUCUUUCCAAAGUUGAUUGGGAAUUUUCGAAAUCAAAUUGACUGGAAUAAUAUGGACAAAACUGUCAGGCAAUGUUCCUGCGCAGCUCAUGAAGGAGGAUACAAGGUUUUUGCUGUGCAAUACUACGGAGAAUGUUGGGGUUCGCGAGAAAUGGUUCAAUACGACAAAUAUGGCCCUUCGAAAGAUUGUUGGAAGGAAGUUGGAAAAGAAAACACAAAUUUUGUCUAUAAAUUCGCAUAA